GCUCUCUCUCUCCCUCUCUCUCCCUCUCUCCCUCUCUAUCACCGCCUUUCAGAUCUUUAAAAGCCGCUGCUUUGCCGUGUCUCCCUCCAUCUCUGUUUGUCUCCUCUCCCACUGCAGGGGGUUCCUGGCUGAGCACCAAGCAAAGCCGAAGAGACGGGAAGAAGACGGAGAGAGAGAGGGAAGAGAGAAAGGAGAGAGAAAUAUACAUCCAGAAAUAGCAUCGGCCACAUUUGACUGACUGAGAGAGAGAGAGAGAGAGAGAGAGAGAGAGUGAGUGAGAGAGAGAGAGAGAGGGAGAGAGACAGAUCUGUGGAGCUGAACCUGAGACCUGGACAGAAAAAAAAAAAUGCCUCUCCUUCCUAACUUAACGACCAUUGUCUUGUUGCUGAUUGCUCACUGCGAGUCUUGGACUCACGCUAACCGCCUGGGCCCCUACAAGGGCUGUCCCUCCUGUAGAGAACCUCUGGGGGCAGGUCGGGCGACCAGGGACCAUAUUGGGCAGACAGGCAGCGCAUCCGCGUUGGCCCAGGGAGAGCCCUGUGGCGUGUACACCCUGAGCUGUGCCAAGGGGCUGCGCUGCGUGCCCCCUCCCCGAGAGCACAGCCCCCUCCAGGCUCUGCUGCAGGGCAGGGGCUUUUGCACCAAGCACAGCAGGACCAGUCCCACGGAGAGGCCCCACCCCACAGGUCCACAUCCAUCACACAGUGGUGAAAUAGAAAAGGCACCUUGCCGUAAGCUGCUCAACGGUGUUCUGCGUGGUCUUGAGCUCACCGUCUUCCAGUCGGACCGUGACAUCUACAUCCCCAAUUGUGACACUCGGGGCUUCUACAGGAAAAAGCAGUGUCGCUCCUCCAAGGGCAUGCAGCGUGGCCACUGUUGGUGUGUGGAUGAGCUGGGCACCGCCUUGCCGUCCCGCGCCAGCGAGGACGGCACUUUACCAUGCGACGGCGAGUGAGGGAGGUCUCUGUCGCACAACUUUGAGCCUAGAGGAGGGGGAGUAGGGGGAGGAGGAGUACAGGGAGAGGGGGUGGCUUUAGCUUGUGGUAGACACGGCCUGGACAGGAGACACCAGGGAUGUACCACUUCCUAUGGAAUUACCCCAAAUUAGCUCACUGUCCUCUAGUCAAGAAACAUCCAAACAAAGACAAACAUCUGCCGUACUAGGAUAGCAACAUAAAGUGGGAUGUUCAACAGUCUGUGGCUACAGUAACGGUCCCUUGAACCAUUCCCUGUAGCUGACCUUACAUUGUCGCCUCGUAACUCACUGCCUCAAGUACGAUAAGCUGUAUUUCUCAGUAAUGAAUUCCCUGGUUCUUGUCCUGGCUUAGUCCGUCCGUCCGUUCGUUCGUUUGUCGUAGAAUUUUUCGUUUUAUAGGAUAGCUGACACUGCCUGUGUUUGACAUUGACUCAGUGGGCUGAAAUACUGUUACGCUGGUGUUGGUGUGACACAAUGUUUGAAAAUGUGUCUCCGUCACCAUCCUCUCUCCCUCUCUCCAAAGAUACACUGACGUUAUAUUUACUUAAUUAAAUUGAUGAAUAUUCCUUUUCUAUUUAAUUUAUUUUGGAGUUUGUAUUUCCAUGCAGUACUGCUUGAAAUUUAGACUUGUCCUAUAAUCGUGUCAGAAAAAAAAACAGUCAUGUGAAACAGUCCAUUGUUGUUCAGAUGACGUUCUGACCGCUCUAAUAGUUGAUUGUUUGUACAUAUGUUGGAUUCCUGUGGUUGACAGUGUGUGUUCCGAAGUGGCAGACAAAAAAUGCGUAUGGCUGUUGCCCUUUUCAAGAAGUUGUUAAGCAUAUUUUUAUACAUGUCAAUAUAAUAUUUUAUAAAUAAAUUGUUGGUUUAUUUAAUGAACUACAAUGCCAUGUAUUUUUAUAUUGUCAGCAGUUUUUUUUUUUUUCAACAGAGGUUAUUUUAUUUUGUCGCUAGUGAGUUUUGGGCUUUGGACGUAGUAACACCCUGAGGGGGAAACUCACCACACACAUCUGAGCUAUUCAACUGCUGUACAUGUUAUAAUUUUUAUUGCAAUAUUUUUCUUUUAUUUAUAUUUUGACCAUUUAACAAUGGAAUGUAUCAUGGUAAUGUUUUUGCUUUUGUGCUUAUUUUGAAUAUGUUACAGUUACUUGUCUUUCCCAAGUCCUCAUGAGAAACGUUGAAUUGUGUGAUAAACUGUGUGAUGAGAAAAUCUAUUUCUCAUGAAUCUUGUUGUGCCAAUGUAUGUGCUGUGAUCGCAGGUCCAUGCACAGGGGGCCUAUAAGAUUUACAAAGGCUAAAAUAAAAUAUGAUAUCAAAAUGGAUAAAAAUAAAAUAAAUACAUAUA